AUGUCAUCAUCUCGUCUUUUUGACACCGUUAGUGAAUGUCUCUCCUUGGCUCAAUCUGACUCCCAUGAAGCUCAGUUGAAAGCCCUUCAAACGCUGGCUUCCAUCACCAAGGUCAGUCCCCAAAACAGAACCUUGCUCGCUCAAACAGAUGGAGCAAUCCCAACAUUAGCUACACUGACAAAUGCUUCCUCCCCCAUUAUCCAAACGAUUUCCUUGUUGAUCCUCUUUAACCUUUCCCUUAAUCCUGAUCUAAAGCAGUCUCUUGCAGAUAUGGAAACCAUUCAUUACCUUAAUUCCCUCAUUAGCCCAUCAAGUUCUCUUGAUUCCUGCAAAUUGGCCUCCUCAUUGAUUUGCAGUUUGGCCAUGCUUGAUAAAAAUAAAGCCAAAUUUGGGGUUGCAGGUACUGUUCAGUUUCUUGUUCAUGCUAUUGAAAGCUCUCGUGACUCUGAUUCCCACCACCUUUUGAGUUCUUUGGCUGAGCUUGUUCAGUUCCAUGGGAAUUGCACUUUGGCUGUGCGAGCUGGUGCAGUUCCAGUGCUACUUGGAGUUGUACAAAACACUGAUAAUGAGGACUUGGCUGGAACGUCUCUUACUGUUCUUGGUCUCCUUGCGAGGUUCAAUGAAGGGUUAAAUGGUUUGAAGAAAACUGAUAAGAUAAUUAGUUCAAUGUUAAGUGUGUUGAAAGGGAGGUCCUUGUUGAGCAAGGAGGGUGCUGCUGAUAUCCUUCUUCGCCUUUUUGAUGACAGUGAAGACUGUGUCACUGAGGCUUUGAUGUUACCAGAAUUCUCAACUGUGUUAGCUGAUAUUUCUGUGAGGGGUUCCGCAAGAGUUAGAGACAAGGCUGAAUUACUAAUGAGGAAGAUGGCAAAGCUGCAUUUUUGGAAUCAAGUUUCUGGACCAUCAAUUUGGGCUUGGACUGUUGUUGGGCUUUGGGCUGAUCUUUAUUCUGGUGUAAUACCCCCCGCAAGAUGGGCUGUGUAUAUUGAGGAGGCCCAACUUGGAAGUGGCUGA